GGGAAUGCGAUAUAAUAGGAGUAUAGCACCUCAGCUUCCAUGAUCAUCAGCAGUCUCUCCACUUGCAGACACUAUGUGAACACAACAUGUUGCUCAAACUGUGCAAAUCAUGCCAGUACUGUCUGGAGACGAUGUACUGGAACUGCUGCGAGGAGCGAUUCUGUUUCGACAAGAAGAUCGCCACAUACAAGCUAGAAGAAGAUGCAGCUCACACAAACGGCUACAUCAACAGUGGAGCCAGCCUGGACAGUGUGGUUACCGAGCAACCCGUCAACAACAACCAUUUGCCUCCACGAGCUAUAGUUGGGAGAGAGGUGAAUGAGGUGCCUCUGCAUGCUGAUAAGCUUUAUGAGGUAUUUUCUAAAUCUCUAAUAUUUAGAGAUGAUCACGAACUCAAAGCGAAGACAGAAAGCACAAACUCUCUCGAUGAACUGGAAACCAAAUCCGAACCAGACUACUUAUCCGAUAGACCGAACAGGACCAAAGUUUACUUCGAAGACGAAAUCAAUUCACCCGUCACUGACUUCGAAAUUAUGUUCAAGGAUGAACUGCUUGCUAACCACGAUAUGUUCAAGAUUGACGAAGAAGAAGAGAGUGACAGACAAAGCCAGGACACAGAGGAAGGCCUCACAAUGAACGUAGCUGUUAAGAAACAAGAUGUCAUCAAACCAAGUACUAUUACAAUUAAAGAUGAAACCAAAAUAACCACACUUAGUCCUAUAUACCAAUAUGACCCGAUAUCUUCAAUGGCUUUACCUUCAGCAUUCUCUUUGCCAAGAGUAGAAAGUGUAAAAGGAAUUCUAAGGAUGAGAGGUGAUAAUGAAUUCCCGAGGAGUAACAGUGCCAAGACUUUGGAAAGAGUCGACAGUAGCGGUAAAUUAUCGAAGCCAAUGUUAAGCAGAGUCGAAAGCUUGAAAAAUAUAGAUCCUACCAAAUUAAACAGAGUCCUAUCAAGGGUUCCACAUAGAAGUGCAUCGUUCUUGAAUAUUCCUGAACAUUUAGCUCCAGAGAAACCUCCGUUAGUCAAAAGUAAAUCAAUGGUAGGAGUGAUGUCUGCUGUAGAAGAAUUAAAACUUUCACAGCUACCUGAUACUCCAAUUAUCAAGAGUAAUAACUUACCAAGGUUCUUUGCUGACUGUCCAUCGUUACCCGAAUAUAAAGGAGAAACAAGUUUGCAGAGUAUAAAACAGCAAUCAGCGAUGAUGUACCAAGAAGACUUUAGUAUGCCGAGGUAUUAUGGAACCGUGUCAAAGUCGACAGAACAGUUGCCGGUACACGAGAGCAAAUCAAUGCCAGAUUUGAGGAACCCAGCGAGCAAUUCAGGCAAAGUGAGCAAGAGACUGGUGAAAUUGAGAAGUAGGUUAAAGCCAUUGGUUAUCAAGAAGAAUUCCAAUGAGAGAUUGUAAAUGUAUCUUUUAAAAGUGCCUUUUGUAAGAUUGUUCAUAGUAUUUUAGUGUACAUAAUCCAUGAUAUAAAGAUAAUAUUAAUGAAUUGGAAUCAUAAAGGACAUUGUUCCGGCUCCAUACAUGUUCUGCCUAAGAACCGUUCGAAUGGAAAGUGACUUCUAUAAACUCUUAAAAUUAUAUGGAAUCCUAUGAAAUAAGUUUUCACGAACGGACACUUCAGGAAACUAAAAUAAUUACGAAAAAAGUUAAUAUUUUGAGGUUAUAAAUAAAAAAUAACCAAGCUUG